UCCAAACAAUCUCCAUUCAUUCGACUUCGCCAUUAUCUGUACGAGUUCGGCAUCGUGGUCGCCCCGGCUGGGAUUCCUCCUCCACGUAGGUCUCCUCUUCACGUCACACAACGCCGGAGGUCUGUCGCGCAGCCACCGCCGAAGGCCUGUCUCGCAGCAGCCGCCGCCUGAGACCUGUCGCGCAGCAGCCGCCGCCGGGGCCUGGGCGCUGCCAGGGGGACGAGGACUCCAUAGGUGAUCCGUGGGGGAUGGGUCCUGGGCUCUGUCAGGGGACGAGGACUCCAUAGGCGAUCUGCGGGGACGACAAGAAUUGUUCCGCUUUGCACGUGCUGCCAGUCUGCCUGUGCUACCAGAUUUCAACCUCGACAUCGACGCACAUCACCAAUUUGCUGCGCCUGUUGUUGUAUUAUGGGUACUCCGUAGAUAGAAAAGACAGAUAAUUUGAUAGUGAUGGACAAAUCUUGGAUCAAUGCAACACUAUUUAGCAAGCCACACCUAGAAGGAGUUAGUGAGUUCAUGAAGCUUGUAAUAGAGCGAUUUAAUGCGAAUGAAGAGAUACUUUGUCCAUGCCGCAAGUGUUUGAAUCGGCUUAGUGGACAUAGAGGACAGGUGGAGGACCACUUAUAUCUUCAUGGGAUAGCUAGUACAUACACUAGGUGGAUAUAUCAUGGAGAAGCCAUGGAUGACAUAAUUAAUGAAAAUGGUGAUUACGAGGAUGAACAUGUGAGUUUCAAUGAUGAUGCUGGUAUGAAUCAAGAUGAAGAAGAUCCUGAUGAUAGGAUUAAUGGUAUGGUAGAGGAGUUAUACACAGCCGAAGAUCAAGGUAAAAGGAAAUCUAUGUUUGGAGAUAUACUAGAGGAGAUGAAACAAGAACUUUAUCCUGGUGCAACUUAUACAAGAUUUUCGUUUGUGGUGAAGUUGCUUCAUAUUAAGUCGUUUUAUCGUAUCAGCAAUGUUGGCUUCACUGCAAUACUGAAGUUGUUGAAAUCGGGAUUUCCUAAUUGCUCCCUUCCUGCAUCUUUUGGAGAAGCAAAGAAACUUAUUCGUGCACUAGGACUUGGGUAUGUUUCAAUCCAUGUGUGCGUGAAUAACUGUGUUUUGUUUCGGAAGAACUAUGCAAAGCACGAUCAGUGUCCAAUUUGCGGCGAAUCAAGAUGGAAAGAUACAAAUAAACGGAUCCCUCAGAAGGUAUUGCGCCAUUUUCCAUUGAUCCCUAGGCUAAAGAGAAUGUUUGCUUCCAAAGAAAUAGCAAAACAGGCACAAUGGCAUAAGUUCAAGAAUAAACAUGUGGAGAAUGAGCUUAGUCAUCCAGCUGAUGGAGAGGCAUGGAAAGAUUUUGAUAGAAAAUAUGGUCGGUUUGCAGAAGAUGCAAGGAACAUUAGACUUGGGCUCGCUACUGAUGGUUUCAAUCCUUUUGGCAAAAUGAGCUCAUCAUACAGCAUGUGGCAAAUAUUUAUUAUACCAUACAACUUUCCUCCAUGGGAAUGUAUGGAACAAUCCAACUUCAUUAUGGGCCUACUCAUUCCUGGCCCAGAAUGCCCAGGAAAGGAUUUUGAUGUCUUUAUGGAACAACUCAUUGAAGAGUUAUUGGAGCUUUGGAAAGGUGUCACUACUUGGGAUGCAUUGAGUGGAAACAAUUUUGAACUACAUGCUGCAGUUAUAUGGUGCAUUCACGACUAUCCAGCUUUGAGCACAUUGUCAGGUCGGGUCACAAAAGGCUAUUACGCUUGUGUGCAUUGUGACAAAAAUCCUUGCUCCAAAAGAAUAAGGAACAAGAUAUGCUAUGUUUAUCAUCGACGUUUCCUUCCAAAAGAUCAUCUAUGGAGGAGAAAUAAAACUUUUGAUGGUCAUAGUGAACAACGUGAGAAGCCAGAGGAAUUUACCAUAGAUGAGUUGAUGCAACAAUUGGAGAGGGUAAAAGAUGUAAGACCAGGAAAACAUACUAAAAGCAAAAAGAGAAAGAGGGAAGUAGAAGGUCAAUGUUGGAAACGAAGAUCAUGUCUAUGGGAUUUGCCAUAUUGGUCAAGUUUGAAGUUGCGCCACAAUCUUGAUGUAAUGCACAUUGAAAAAAAUAUAUGUGAGUACUUUCUUGGUACAUUUCUUGGCAUUGUUGGAAAGACAAAGGACACCAUUAAUGCUAGGCUUGAUUUGGAGGACAUGGGCAUAAGGAGACAUUUACACUUAAAGCAUAAUGGUGACUCAUACAAUUUUCCUCAUGCACCAUACACAAUGAAUAAAACACAGAAGGUUGCUUUUUGUGACUUUUUGAGAAGUGUGAAAUUCCCCGAUGGCUAUGUUUCUAACUUAGCAACAUGUUUUAGUACUGAUGGAUGCAACCUCCAAGCAUUGAAAACUCAUGAUUGUCAUUUCCUUCUUCAAAGAAUUUUACCUGCUGCUAUUAGAGGAAUCAUGAGUAAGGACAUAUAUGAAGCACUUGCUGAAUUAGGUAUUUUCUUUCAGCACAUAUGUGCUAAGACAUUGAAGUUGGAUGUUUUACAAAGAAUGAAAGUUGAAAUCCCAAUCAUUUUGUGCAAGCUUGAGAAAAUAUUUCCUCCUUUCUUUGAUGUGAUGCUGCACUUGGCUAUUCAUUUACCUGACGAGGCAAUCCUAAGAGGACCAGUGCAAUAUGGGUGGAUGUAUCCAAUUGAAAGAAGGUUGUAUACAUUGAAACGUUUUGUAAGAAAUAUGGCUAGACCUGAAGGAUCCAUUGCAGAAGCAUAUGUUGCUAAUGAGUGCUUGACAGCUUGCUCGAGGUACUUCGAUGAUGUUGACACACGACACAAUCGAGAGGGUAGGAACAAAGAGCGUGUUGAUUUGAGCAGAGGCAAAUUUUAUGUUUUUCAGCAUGGAGUUGAACUUCUUGGAGUGCCAAGAAUUACAUACCUCUAAGAUUAUUAUGAUAAGAUGGUUUGGUAUGUCCUAAACAAUUGUUCGGAGGUCGAGCCAUAUAUAAAGUAUGCAUUUCCUUAUAUGUUUGCCAUUUUUAUAUGAAUUGUUAUUAUCGCCUCUAAUAUAUACCAUAUCACGAUGUAUAAGGAAGAGUUAGAGAAUGAAGGGAUUGUUAAUGUGGAAAAAACUAUUGAGAAGCACUUUUCCUCCUGGUUUAAGAAGCAUGUGAGUUUCAAGUUCAUAUCCUCAGCAUCAAUAAUUGACUUGUUUUCACCAUGGAUUUUUUUAUGUCUUCAGAUUGCAAGUUUGCGUUUUGUCGAUGGAGAAGACAUUGAUGAUGACCUAUAUGCAUUGGCAUGCGAACCUGAUUUGCGAGUUCGAAUUUUUUCUGCAUGUCUUGUUGAUGGUGUCCGGUACCACACCAUUGACCGUGAGAGAAAUAGAAGAACCCAAAAUAGUGGAGUCAUGGUUGAAGGCACUCAUAAUAAUGAAUGCAUUGAUUUUUAUGGCUGCUUAAAAGAAAUUAUCGAGUUGCAGUAUAACUCAGAUUUGAUGGAGCAUCGGACAAUUGUUCUUUUCCGGUGUGAUUGGUUUGACACUCAUAGCAAGAAAGUUAGUAUGAAAUAUGAUGGAUAUUUUAGAAGUAUAAACCAUAGUAGUUGUUGGUACAAAAAUGAUACUUUUAUUUUAGCAGCACAAGCAACUAAGGUAUUUUAUUUGCAAGACAUCAAGAAUUCUGGAAACUGGAAGAUUGUUCAAAAAUUUACACAUAGGCACUUGUGGAGUGUGGCUGAAAAUGACAUUGAUGAAAGACCUAGUUCCUCAGGACUAUCAUACCAAGAUGAUACAUGUGUUGGUUCUGAAGUGCAAGUUAAUGAAGGAGAUAUGGAGAUACCUGGACAUCAGGAUGCUGACGAAUCUGUUAAUGUCAAUGCAAGUGUGGUUGAUGAAUUUCGGGUGCAACGAGAAGAGGAAGUGGAAGAGUAUGAGACAAGCGACAAUGAAGAUGAAACUGGAUGGCAAUAUGCUAGUGACAACGAAGAAUCAAUAACUAUUGUCAAUGACGAUGAUGAUUUCAGUGAUAACGAGUAGCAUGUUUUUUGUUUGAUCUGAGAGAAGUGAACUCUAUGCUGUAUUUUGUUUGAUUUUUAAGAAGUGAACUAGCUACUGUUAUUUGAGAAAAGUGAACUGUAUGCUGUAAUUUGUUUGAUUUUUAAGAAGUGAACUCGCUACGGUUAUUUGAGAGGAGUGAACUUUAUGCAAUAAUUUGUUCGAGCUUUGAGAA